AUGCGCUCAUGCAGAACGGCCUCCAGACAACCUAUCAGCGUUCGCCACACAGCCAUAGUUUGUCAAAUCUGCCAUCAGCAAACCAAACCUCUUUUCCAAUUACCUACAAUCUCCUCCCGCAGAAACGCAUCCUCAUCUACGAAUACCCCAUCACCUACCUCUCCAGACAAAACAACCACCCCCGCCACCUCCCCUCCACAAACCCACUACGAUCUUUUCCCCCUCACUCUUCCCCGCGGUCCGCCACCCUCGGGCCCAUUCCACAUCGACAUUCGCGCGCUUCGCAACGAAUUUCUCCGUCUACAAGCAGGCGCCCAUCCAGACGUACAUUCCUCAUCUAACAAAUCACGCGCUGAAGCCACGAGCGCCCUCAUCAAUGAAGCAUACAAAACUUUACAAUCGCCUUUACAACGGGCGCAAUAUUUGUUGGGACUACAGGGUAUAGAUGUUCAUGAUGAGAGUGGGAAGACGGGGGCAGAAGAGGGGGAUAAGGAGUUAUUAAUGGAGGUUUUGGAGACGAGGGAGGAGAUGGAGGAGGUACAGGAGGAGGGGGAUUUAGAUGCUUUGAAGGUUAGGAAUGAGGAGAGGAUUGCUAAUUGUGAGGAUAUGGUGGGGAAGGCUUUGGAGAGUGGGGAUUUGGAUACUGCGAGGAGGGAAACGGUUAGGUUGAGGUAUUGGGUUAAUGUUAGGGAUAGCUUGCAUGCGUGGGAGAAGGGGAAGCCGGUUGUUAUGGUGCAUUGA